ACGGUGCGCCGCACACGCACGCUUGCAGCAUGCGCUCAAGCAGCGGCUUUUCCCUUGCAUCACCAGCCAGCGCGAGACCACCUAGCUCUAUUACUCUAAUAGUAUCGACCAAAUCCAGCGCGCAGUCCUGGCUGACACGGGUCAGCGCGCCUGUCGCGGCCGCUGCGACCCCUGUCGCCGAGCCACAACGGCACCCCGCGCCGGUCGCCCAUCGACACCGCGCCGCAGCACCCACCAACAUGGCCAGCGCUAGCUGUGUCGCGCCACCCGCUACGUGUCAUGCGCGGAGCUCGGUCGCCUGCAGCGGCUAUGUAGGGCAGGGCGCGCGCCCCGCGGCGGAGUACCAUGAACACGACUUCGACUGGGAGGAGCACGCGGCGGCGGUGCGCCAUAUAGUGGAGGCGCAGGAGGCGGCCGGCCGUGCCCUGCGUGCUGCCAAGCAGGUGUUCAGCGAUGCUGAGGAGGGGACGGCCAGCGAGCGCGUCGCUGCCAGCCUUGCUGGGGCCGCUUGCGCCGCAGCAGCGGGGGAUGGCCACCGGCCAGAGCAGCAGGCGGCAGCGGCGGCAGCGGUGGCGCUUGCAGAGCGGCCUCGAGAAGACCAGUCGGCGCCGUCUACGGACGCCACCUCGACGUCGUCGUCUUCGUUGUCUCAAGGCGCGGCGUCGUGGAGAAACAAGGGCCGGCAAGCCGGCCUGGGAGGCGGCGCCUUGUCCGCAGCUGCGGCGGCUGAGAGUGCCGCGUCCGGGGGCGUGCCCGCCGCCUCCACGUCUUACGAAGGCGACCGGUGGGAGGAGUUCUACAAGGCCCACCCCUCGGCCCGCUUCUUCAAGGAGCGGCGCUACCUGCUGCUGGAGUUCCCGUUCCUGACGCACCCCGACUGCCGACACGUGGUGGAGAUAGGCGCCGGCUGCGGCUCCUCCAUCCUGCCCGUGCUCAAAGCAAACCCCGGCUCGCGCACGACCUGCACAGACAUCUCCACCACCUGUCUGGAACAGCUGCUGGCGGCCGCGCACGCCGAGGGCGUCGACCGCUCCCGCGUGGCCGUGUUCCCGGCCGACGCCACCGACCCCGCCGCCGCCCACCUGUUCAACGGCCUGGCGGCGGACGCGCUGCUCAUCAUGUUCACGUUGUCUGCGGUGCCGCCCCAGCAGCAGCUGGUCAUGCUGCAGCACGCGUGGCGCUCCCUGGCCCCAGGCGGCCGACUGCUGAUCCGCGACCACGGCCUGUACGACAUGGUGCAGCUGCGCAUCCCGCCGGAACAGUGGGUGGGCCCCAACCUGUACAAGCGCGGAGACGGCACCAUGGCUUACUUCUUCAGUCUGGAGGACAUGGCGGCUCGUGCCACACAGGCCGGCUUUGACAUCACAGAGCUCAAAUAUGUGACGGUCGUCAAUCGGAACCGGAAGAGCGGGCUGGAGCUGCGGCGGGUCUUCAUCCACUGCGUGUUCACCAAGCCGGGGGCUGCGUAAGCUGCGCCGUCGCAUGGGCGGGUCAUGCAGGGGCGAUGGUACGGAUGGCAAGGAGCCGAUUUGCACGUCGAGAACGUCGCGCUCAAGGCCAAUGGGCGAAGUGAGUGCCAUUGUUGGGGGAGGAGCAUUUGAUGUUUACAGGGGUGUGCUGAUUGGACUAGAGGCACGUCCGUCCGUCCGUCCGCCGUUGCAACGGCGCUGGGCGUGGCACGGUGUGUGUUGGGCCCUCCAGCAGGGUCGUGCCUUGCGGACCGAAAUGCGUGCACGCAUUGUGUGAUGCGGAUAUAUAAUGCUUGCUAUGAUGUAAGGGUUUUGAACUCUGGGCGAUGAACCUUUGCAAUCUGGCCGAGGCCGCCGAGCCAACCAGGUGCGAGCAUUGGGGUGUGACUGGGGGGUCUGCAUGGUGUUUCAGCCUGUUGGCGUCACCGUUCCGCACGACCAGUAAUACCCAGCAAGCUCGGCUAUACUACACAUUCAGAUAACAGUCUGUGCUGUUGUUGUAAGUGCGUGCUCCU